CACAGCAAUCAGCUGGCAUUCUGCUCACGCUCCGCUCCGGGCGAGCCGGCUUCUCUCCGCCCCCGCCGCCGCCGCUGCUGCUGCUGCUUUCUCCCCGCUGCGCGCCCAGUCACUCAAGGACAGUGUGUGUGAAUGCGAGUUCAUCAUCCUCGACUGAGCUUUUCGGCUCCUUUGAAUGGAGGCUCGAUUUCUUCCAUGGAAAACAGAUAGUCGGGGAUUAAGCGGCGCUGCGUGAUCCAUCAAGGACACGACUCCAGGAGAGCCAUCCAGCAGAACUGAUGCUGGAUCAUAUGGAGAGAGAGAGAGAGAGAGUCAUCACAGAUCAUCUUCUGCCCUUUCAUGGAUGUAUGCAGGGUAUCAGAGCUGCUGCAAUUACAAUCUAAUGUCAGCAAGCAGCACUUGUGCCACCACAUCUGCUCGACUGACCUCCUUUUUUCCAACCUACUGAUGUGACACUGAUCUGCUACCGAAACCCCACGACCAUGAAUUAUGCACACCGGAUCGUCUGGCCAACAUCCCGCAUGACUUGGAUUUCCAACGACUGAUCUUCUGCAGCACAGCCAGUUCCUGGUGAAGUCAUGAAGAGCUUCAGGACAUAAUACCAGGAUACCAGCUUCUACAGUAGCUGCUCGUUUUCACACAAACAUCUGGACCAGAGUCAAUUCAACACUAAGAAGGACCUGCGUGCUCUGAAAUAUCAAAUCUUUGGAUUACGAAGGCUCCUGAAACAGAAAAGGCACUUAAGGGAGCAAGUUCAACGCCAAGUUUGUCUGCAUGCGGUGAGGAUUAUUAACACUCAGGAAUUUUGCCAGGUAUACUGUCCAUCCUGAUCUGCACAUGCACAAUCCGCUUUCAAUGGAUUAUCAUGGUGUUGCAUGUUUGAGUGACUGUUUUAAUGAAUUAUUUACCUGCCACUCUGAUUCAGCUGAGUAGCAUGGUGAAGUAAGCGCUGGACUUUUUUUUUUUUUAAUUCUUCCUAUUAUUAUUAUUAUUAUUAUUAUUUUAACGGAGUGAAUCAGUGCUUAUCCUGCUGAGUUUGAAUCACCUUAUUGCUGAAUGGUUUGAUCAAUUAUGUAAAUCAGUAUUUACAUGAUGAACAAGAUGUCGGAGGACACGAACAAGAAACAAACUGCUGUAUUGAAUUGCUGUAUUGAGCCAGUCAACUAGUUAGUCCGAAGUACGACAUUCAGCCAUGUGGUCGCUACCUCUCCUUCGUUACACUGAUGUUCCACCAAGAGUGACAGAGAACUUCAUUUUGUCAGGGUAUCGCUUCCCUGACUACAGCCUCCUACAGUGCCUGGUCUCUGCGUUCCGGCCGACCAAUGAGACCGGAAACUUCUGGACUCACUUCCUCCCAAUAUUUAUCUUCACUUUUCACUUUGUAGAGAUAUUUGAGUGGGAAGGCGCCCCGGCCCCUGGGGAGCCCUUCUUUUACCCAGCCUGGAACUAUUUCUUUGGGGUUUUUUAUCUGCUGCUGGCCAGCAGUCUGGCUCAUCUCCUCAACUCCAUGUCACUGAUCAUCAGAGAGAUCUGCUUCUUUGUGGAUUAUGGAACCAUCAGUGCUUAUACUGUUGGAUCUUCUUUGGCUUACUAUUACUACAUUCACCCACAGGCAGGGAUACCAAAGAUUGGGCUUGGGACACAGAAUGUAUCAGAGACACAGUCAGAGAGGGAAGAGGCGCCUCCUUCAGUGCUAUCUUCCAACUCUUCUUUCUCUUUCCUGUAUUUGCACUCAUUUUUUGAUAGCUUGUACAUCCCCUGCUCCUGCAUGGUGGCCAUCAUUUGUGUGUUAACCUGUUGCAACACUAGGCAGCAGUGGAGGAAGUACCGCUAUGCUGUACGCACUCUUGUUUUCCUUCUGCCUUUCUUCAUUUCGUCCACACCAAUUUUCUACCGACUCCUCAGCCCGUCGCCAUAUCCGCCCUACUCUCAGACGCCUUCUUCUUACCCAUCACCUACAAUGGCCACUUUCUUCUACCGUCACUGCUUCUGGCUGGUGGUGUCUGCAGCCUUUAACAUUAGCAAGAUCCCAGAACGUUUGUCUCCAGGAAGGUUUGACAUCUGGGGGCACAGUCACCAGUGGUUCCACUGCUGCACCUUCCUCUCCAUCCUUGAUGAGCUCCAUAUGAUCAAGGUAGAGAUCCGAGCCUUGCUGCUUCACCCUUCCUUGGUCAUAGCACCCAGAAAAAGUCCCCAGCUCCCUGGCCCAACUAUCUACUCCACUUUUGGACUGAUGCUGCUGCUACAGGGGUGUAUAGCUUCCAUUAUUGGAUGGUUUGGGUGGUGUGCAUACCAGAUUUAUGGUCCUGUACAGAAAGGCCUGAAGGCACACUGAGCGGAGCCAAGCCAGAGACUCCAACAUCUUUGGGCCGACAGAAUUAUCGGUGAUAUUAUUGGUGACAGUAGCCAUUAUUUAACCACACAGGACAAGAUUAAUCAUUUUAUUUACCCAUUAUUUGAUAUUGAUAUGGGGAUGGGGAUGGCAUGGCUAUUUUUUCAUCUCUUUAAGGUUACCGCAUUAGUACUUACAGAGCGUUCAGGGAUCAGCAAAUAAUUUAAUCUUAUGGGGAUUCACUCACACAAACAAGCGUGCAAUGCUUUCCGAGUCUCCUAGGGGGACUUGCUGAUACUCUUUGCUGAUAUCUCUUACACACACACACACACUUCCUCCCCUUUUUAAACAGGAAGUAAAGGAGCCGAUAAGCUUCAGCCACAGUCUUUUAGCAUAGAGGAAAUGAGACAGCCGUGGCUUUACUGUUGAUGCAAAAUGUACUUGAACAGUGCGCACUUUUGACUCCAUGUUUUAAAGCAACUCUUCUUCAGCCUGCUCUCUCUGCACUGAAACCGAAAGACGAAUAAUCCUAAAAAGUAAUGCUGAAAAAAAAUAUCGACUGUUCUCGUUAGUUAUCAAAAAUCAUAUACUGGAUAAAUAUCAAGAUAAAAUCUCUGCUUAUAUAAUACUGUAACCUAUGCAUGGGUCAUGAUUAUACAUCUAGGGGCAUUGUUUAUACUAGGAGAAGAAGGGAUGUGAUGAAAAUGGAGGUUUAUGAGUUCAAUGUCACAUGAAGUAGAAGAAGCCAUAACAUUGUUUCUUAGACAUAUCAACAGGGUUUCAUUCUGGUGAGCUGAAUUUGCACAUAAUCAACCAGAUGCUUUCGGGAAGUGGUGCACUAAAGGGCAUUUCGGUGAUUACGAGUGCUUUGCUUGUUGUUUACUUAAUUACAAAUCCAUUAUUAAUGUUACCUUAGUCCUUUGUAGACAGCAAUCUCCCUAGUUCUACCUGUGCCCUUCUUUCCAUCACUUACCUCCUGCAGCUGGUCCUGAAUAUAACUUGAACCUAAAAGAAAGUGUAAGAUAUAACACUGUGACAACUAAGUGCUUAGAUGUCAGUGAUAGACUUGUUUCGGCCUGUGUACAGUAAUAAUUCCAGGGCAAGAGUGCAGAUCUAAGAUUAGAUUCCCUUCUUACAUGAUUCUCUGUGUCAGCACAUGUAUGUUGGGGGAAAAACCCCUCUUAAACUGAUAUGCUUCCUGAAUACAGGCCUUGGUGCAUGUCGUCUCUCCCCAGUUGGUACACAGUUACUGCAUGUUCCUCAGCAGUCUGUCAUGAACACUCUCGUGUAAUUUAAUGCGAUGUUAUGUCUGGCUAAAACAUCAGUGAUAGCUUUGUGACAGACUGUAGAGAGAAACCUUGCCAGUAACUGUUACUAUGAGUAUAUUUGCACAGUUAAAAAAAAAUCGAGUACAUGUUAGCAAUGUCUGUAAAUCUUAAUUCUGAACGUGCCUGCUGUAUUUGUUUCGUGCAUUUAUGACUUGGUUAAGAGUCAGUGGUGAGUGAGUUACUUCUGUUGUGCAAUGGAAUAUGUUGUCUCUCCUGUCUUGUACUUAUUCUUGCAAGAAAAAGCAGUAAAAUAGAUGCAUUAGGUUUUAGUGCUGGAAAAUUGGCAUUUUCUGUGUAUCUAAUUCAAGGAAUCAAUCUUGACAGGGUGUGCUGUUAUAGGAAAAUAAUCAACACCGGGUGGUAUAAUGCAGAGCACUGUAAACCCCCCCCCCCCCAAAAAAAGCUGAUUAUUUUCCAAUAAAGCACAUUCUGAAGUGUUUUAUACCUCUUACACCACAGCAGUUGGCCAACAAUUACAAUAUUUAAUUUAUAAAUGAAUGACUUCUUUUUAACUAUUUAUAGUUACAUUUAAUAUUAUAUAACAUCUGCAAGACAAGUUAGUUCCUGUUACGUCUCUCUAUAUUUUUUUUCUAUCCAUAUUCACCGAUUCACUGGAUAUGAGCAAUCGUGCGCUCUGAUUGGCUACUCUGCCACUAGGAUGUCAGCUCGUAUACCGUGAGUAGAGAAAAACAAAACGGCGGAGCGUGUUACCGAACCAACCGAGGACGAAAUAAAAACUCUUCUUGAAAACAAAACCCAAAAAAUACAAAAAAAAGUGCAACAAAAUAUAAAAUAAAAGUAGUUGAUGGUAAGAACGUAUCUUUUUUUAAUUUUUCAAGAGUUAUUAUUACUAUAGCAUUUUUCACAAAUUGCAACCGUCAUUUUGCCGGUUUGUUUACAUUCUAUCAAAAAAGUCCUUCCCACGCCAUGUGGCGCCGAUCUCCGUAGCCCUCGGCCUCUCACAUAGCUAGGGUUACGGGGGGUGGGGUGUCCUUCCUCUGGUACCAUUUUUAUAAUGGUCUUUGGUAUGACCCAACCGUGAGUAGAAUUCACAAUCUCCUGAUCGAGAGGCGGACACGCUAACCACUAGGCCACUAGCCGGUUGUUUACAUUCUAAGCGGAAAUUAUUUUGUUGGACGUUUUGUAUAAAGUUUUUAUUUAUCGGCUUUGCAAAAAAUAAAAAUGCUCCGUUUCUCAAAAAAAAUCCAUGACUGUGGAUAUAAUAAAACAGUUAUUCCACUCAAUCUUGUCAUACAUGGCUUAUAGCCAACUCAGCGCUACGCUCCUCAUCGGCUAUCAGCUCAUGUACGACUCGAUUUUGUGGAAUAACUAUUAAAUAUUCGACCGAGUGCAUUAAUAUAAACCCAUCCUUUAAACUACAAGCAGCGCGAUGGUCAGAGCUGUGCUGCUAUAGAAAUUUGAUCAACACCUUCUGACCAAUCAGAGUCAAGUUUUCAACAGUGCUAUGGUCUGAGUAACCUUAUAUAAUGAUCUGUUAUAUUUCAGUAUACAUUUCAUAUCCGUCUAGUUCAGGUUAUAGCAUACUUCAUGAGUCAUAUGUUAUUUGGAGUAUAUUUCUGACCAGGGUAUGUGUGUACUGUGAGGAAAUGACAUGAUAAAUCUGUUAUGUAUCGCAAAAUGUCUGGUAGCACCAGCUUUGUGCAUAAGCUCCAUUCUGCUGACUCUUCAAGCAUAUACUUCUGCUUCGAAAGACUAUUGUCUUAGCCACAAUAAUAUUGCUAGUUAACGUAUGUAGUAUCUUGUGAGGAAUAUGAUUUUAACAUCCAGUUUGAAUGCGUGUGCAAUUAACUUCAGUGUUGGAGCAACAACUUUGCCCUCAUUCUGCAAUAUCUGUAAGAUGACAGAAAGACCUCAUUCUUAAACCAUGUGAAAAUAAUGCAGCUGCGACAGUAGAAGUAGUAUUAAUAUGUUUGUAUCUAAUAUAAUCACUCCAGCCAUACAUAAUACUUUGUAGGGAACCUAGAUAGUAUGUAUUUAACAACUAUUCACUGAAAGCGAAGUGAAUAUCGGUGAAUAAUAAUCGAGACAAGUCAAGGUUAUUCUUCACCAAUAUUCACAGAGACUGAGGUGGAUAAUUGUUUCAGUAUAAAUACACAGGUGAUUAUUUAAAAAAAAAUCAUAUUUUAAAAAUCGUUUAUUUCAAACUUCGAAAGCAAAUGUAAUGCGCACAGACUUGUCAUUUAUCUAUGACGAGUCACAUAAAAUAAUUUGUUUUGAAAUAGAUAAAAGAAAUCACAAUCCCAUCUUACCUUUGAAUAGUUUUAGACCAAACUUCGUAGCAUCUUUAGUGCAUGCAGGAACGGCAUUUUCUUUCAUAAAUUUCUAAUUCUUCCUCGCUUACGGUAACAAAGUGAUUGGCCGCCAUUUUGCCAAGUCACUCGAGGUGAUUAUCGAGAAAUAGUCUGAAAUUUUGACCAAUCAGCAUGCACGAUUUUCUAUCUGCGUGUUUAUGCUAAAGUACAUUACACAAUUAUAGGUGUGUAAUAUUCAUUUAUAUAACGGUGUCUGGUGUAAAGUGAUUCGACCUGACAGAUGCAGUUACAGAACCACUAGACUUGACAAGUUCUAGUUCUCAGGGCUAAACAGAAAAGCAGGAUUGUGAUGUGACGUUCCUGGACAUGCAACUGUUUAUGACUGAUUUUGAUUCAGUCUUAUUUAUGAUUUACAUAUGUAGAUCAUUCUCGUUCUAUCUUAAUGACUGAGAUAUAGAUAUUCAACUAUAGAUUAAGAGUUAAUAUAAUUGUAUGAGUAAAUUGUUAUUCCUUUUCACUGUAUUAUUAAAAGACUUAUAAGAAAUUAAUAAAUUUAACUUGCUCAAUCAA